AUGGCUCGCGAAGGCACGCGCUCGCAGACCGGCCACGCCGCGCCACGCGUCUUCCAGACGAUCGACACGGCUCCCGUUAUUGCGCGCAAGAAGUCCACCAAGUCCAAGGCGGCGACCAAGCCUGCGACUGCUGCUGCCGCCGCUGCGAAGCCGACAGGCGUCACCAAGAAGAAGGCGGCGCCCAAGAAGGAAAUCUCCCAGAAGGAGGUGUCCAAGAAGGAGGGUGCUGUUGCCAAGGCCCAGGCGGCGACGAAAAAGGUUGUCAAGAAAGCUGCCGGCAAGACGGAAAAUAAGCCCAAGGCCCCCCUCGUCGGUCCGUCCAAGUCUGUCCCCAAGACGACCGAACCUGUCGCUGCUUCAUGA